AUGAAUAAAGAACGAGAGAUACAAAGAAGCAUCCAGGUGGCCACUACUGUGGUGAAUGUCAUUGAGAAAAACCAGGCCUCGCUCAUCGCCGAGAUCGAGCAGAAGCAGGAAGCCGCCAACAAGACCGAGCAGGAGCUUCUCAAAGAGCUCAAGCAGCAAAUCAACGAACUGCAGAGGAGACGAAGUGAGCUGCAGCAUCUGGAGCAGAGCGACGACCCUCUUCAUCUCCUGCAGUGUUUUCCCUCUCUGAGUGCUCCAAUCUUCAGUAGGGACUGGUCUAAGGUCAGAGUCCACUCGGCCAGCUACGUGGGCACAGUGAGGAGAGCUUUCACCAAGCUGGUGGACAGGUGCCAUGAACUUGAAAAGCUACUCUCUGCAGAAGUGGAUGUGACUCUGGAUCCGGUCACUGCUUCGGGCUGGCUGUGUCUGUCCCCAGAUGGGAAACAGGUGAGCCUCAGCCUCCAGCAGAAGAAACCUCCAACCCCUGACGACCCCCGCAGGUUCGACUCCUGCGUGUCCGUUCUGGGGAAACAAUGCUUCACCUCUGGGAGACAUUUCUGGGUGGUUCUGGUUGGAGAUAAAACAGACUGGGACCUUGGCGUGGCCAGGGAGUCCAUCAACAGGAAGGGGGCCAUCUCGGUGCGUCCUGAUAACGGUUACUGGGCGAUCUGUCGGCGGAAAGGCGGCAGUCUCAGCGCCUGCGCCGGCCCCUCCAUCACCCUCCACCUCCAGGAAACCCCCCAGAAAGUGGGCGUGUUCCUGAACUGCGAGGAAAGUUUGGUGUCCUUCUACGACACGGAGGCCAAGACCCACAUUUACACGUACACCGGGUGUGACUUCAAUGAGCCUAUAUACCCGUAUUUAAACCCCUGUCUCCAUGACAACAGGAAAAACAUCGCCCCCUUGGUCAUCUGUCCCAUUGACGUUGGGGAAAGUGAGGCGGUUGCAGCAGUUUGA